AUGACAUUUGGGCUGGAAAGGAUUUGGCGUCUCCCAGAUCAACACAACUUCUCAAGCCUGACUGAGUUUGUGCUCCUUGGCUUCCCCAGUGUGGGGCAUGUCAGGGGCUGGUUUUUUGUCUUGCUUCUGUUGGCAUACCUGUUUACCAUCGGUGGUAAUAUGCUCAUCUUCCUAGUCAUCCGACUGGAUGCAGCCCUCCACAAACCCAUGUACCACUUUGUCAGUGUUCUCUCUUUCUUGGAGCUGUGGUAUACAGCAACCACCAUCCCUAAGAUGCUAACUAACCUUCUGAGUGAGAAGAAGACCAUUUCUUUUGCAGGAUGCCUCCUUCAGACGUAUUUCUUCCACUCCUUAGGGGCCUCUGAAUGCUACCUUCUUACAGCCAUGGCCUAUGACCGAUACCUAGCCAUCUGCCGGCCCCUCCACUACCCUUCAAUAAUGACCACAGCACUCUGUGCAAAGAUGGCUGCUGGCUGCUGGACUUGUGGUUUCCUGUGUCCUAUUUCUGAGGUCAUUCUGGUCUCUCAGCUCCCCUUCUGUAACUAUAAUGAAAUCCCACACAUUUUCUGUGAUUUUCCACCUCUUUUGAGCCUGGCCUGCAAAGACACAUCCACUAACGUUCUGGUGGACUUUGCCGUCAAUGCCUUCAUCAUCCUCAUCACUUUCCUCUUUAUCAUGGCUUCUUAUGGGAGAAUUAUUGGUGCUGUGCUGAAGAUAAAAACAGCAGCAGGAAGAAGAAAGGCCUUCUCCACAUGUGCCUCACAUCUCAUUGUGGUCCUCAUCUUUUUCGGGAGCAUCAUCUUCAUGUAUGUCCGACUAAAGAAGAGCUAUUCACUGACUCUUGACAGGACUCUAGCUGUAGUGUACUCUGUAUUAACACCUUUGGCAAAUCCCAUUAUCUAUAGUCUUCGAAACAAGGAACUCAUUCAAGCCAUCAAGAGGACCUUCUUCAAGAAGGGGGAGAAAGCUAGCCCAACUCACCAUUGA